GGUCUCUCGCUCUUUGCGAUAUUUUCCAUCAUUGAUUGAUACAGAUUACAGAACUCCAUCCACCCCGUAAGCAUCCAUGUCGAUUCAAGGCCUGCAGCUUGAGGUUACAGUUGUAGGGUGCACCAGAUUGAAGGACACAGAGUGGAUUUCAAGGCAGGAUCCUUACGUUUUCAUCGAAUAUGGGAACACCAGGUUCCGGACCAGGACCUCGACUGAUGGAGGCAAGAACCCUGUUUUCCAAGAGAAGUUCAGCUACACCCUCAUUGAAGGGAUACGCGAGUUGAGUGUUUCGGUAUGGAACAGCAAUACACUUACUACUGAUGACUUCAUCGGCAGUGGAAAGAUUCAACUCCAUAAGGCCCUUUCUCAAGGCUAUGAGGACAACACCUGGUCAAUACAGAGUAAACAUGGAAGGUAUGCCGGAGAUGUUCGACUUAUGUUGCACUGUCCACAGUUGAAUAGACCUGCAGUAGCAAACAAUGCUAAUACUAUGUGCACCACGCCUCUUUAUCCUGCCCCUCCAUCUCAACCUCAUUACCCUUCUUUCCCGCCUAAUCCAACGGCCCCGUUUCCAUCAUCUGUUUAUCCUUCUCCUCCAGUUGGGUCGUAUCCUCCUCAACAUGCAUAUCCAACGCCCACUUAUCCUCCACAAACCUACCCAUCGUAUCCAGCAACAUACACAGGAGUACUGUAUCCCCCACACCCACCAACUUACUGAUGAUAUAUGAUGUUCUUGUGGUGAUGACUGAUGAUGGAUGAAUGCCCACUCAAAACCAUUGUGAGCAUUGCUUGAUCGAGGUUAUGUUAGUCCUUUGUCCAAGUGUCUAAAGAGUAAAGCUUUCUCUUUCUUUCAGAUUAUUUGGAAGAUAGAUAAUUAGCUUUCUUAUUUGACUCUACUGUUUCCUAUGUCAUAUUCUUUUAAUUCUAUUCUUUUAACAGAGAUUUUUCUCAA